AUGACGGAGGUCGUGUCUGCCGGCACAAAAUCACCAGCUCUAUCCGUUCCGGUGGUUAUUUGGGGACCCAAACCUCCGGAGAAUCAGAUAUGCGCAAUUCGAGUCCUGCCCGACGGCGAAACCAUCAUUACAGGUCCGAAAUUCCUGACAAAAAAUGGAAAAAUUCAAACAGUUGACUUACAGGCGCUGAAAAUGGUCAUCUGGUCAUUUGGAAAUUGUCGGAGGGGCUCAUUCCAAAGCAGUUAAUGAUUGGGCAUUCGCAAAAAAUCACAGCAAUCUCUCAGACUAACAAUUCCAUCCCAAACACGUCAGUAAACCAAAAAAUCGAUAAAUUUCUAAAGUCAAACUUUUAGCCGCUUUAUCUCAGCUUCUGCCGACGGAAGAGUUUGCUUAUGGGAAAUUCAAGACGGGCGGUGCAUAGAUUCGACGGCCUCGAUUUCAAUUCACAGAUAUUUGUGCCCGUACACCUACAAAUCCUCGCGACACACGCGCGCAACUCGCCUCUUUUGCAUCGGAGAUUACUGCGAUAUUCAAGUGAUGGAUCCGCAGGAUUUGACUGUCGUCUUCAGCAUCGCCUCGAGGGUCGAACCCGAUUGGAUCAGCUGUUUCGCAUUUGUCAGAGACCCGAGUAACCCGGUAAGGGACGACCAACUGAUCGGAAUGACACUGUCCGGCAUGAUGAAAGUGUGGACGCUCAAAGAGUUGGAGAAAAAAGAUCCAUCGAACAGUUUGUACGAAGACGAAUCGAAGCGAUUGGAAAUCCAGCACAUCCGCUCCGUGAAUUUCUACGUUUCCACACGUCGGAUGCUCCUGAUCGUGGCUUCUGGCUCUUGGACGAUUCUCGAUAUCGACGACAUGUCCACAAUCUGUUCGCACACCAACAAAAACACGUCGAAACGGUGUACAAGUGGAUCUAUAACCGAUUGCGACAAAGUGACAAUCGGAUAUACGGACGAAUCGAUCAAUGUCUAUCAGUUGCCGAUCACAAGUCUCCAGAAGGAUCCGACGGUUCCGAUUGGACCAAAUAGGCCUAAUACCAACUAUUUCGACGAAGAAGAGCCGUUUGUGGUCGCUUCUGUCAAUGCAGUCAGCGAUGUUCCCCGAACGGUAAUUUUUUCAACAAAAAAAGCAUAGGUGCGGGAUGUUUGGGAAACGCCAAAGCAUUUUUCCGUCCUGGUGCUCGGAGUGAAAUUUCGGAACGAGCGGCAACCAUUAAACAAAAAAACUAUGAAAAAAACAUCAGAAAUAGCACUUUUCCCAGUUUCCAGUGCCUAAAUGACGCACAUUUUGCAUUCAUUCCACCGCCCACGUCUUCUGAAUCAAACGGUGAGAAGCGAAAAGUGACGGUUGUGAGAAGUUCGCGAAGGGACGGAAGUGUUCUCGUCUGGAAUAUGCCCCUCAUCGACCAUCAAUUCAUGAAAGCAGUGCCGGGACUCAAGAAUUUACCGUUUAGUAAGUGUUUUAAUGAGAUUUUUGCUUCAACGACGAUUAACACUCCUUGCAGAAUUCAACGGAACCUACCGGGAAAGUCUGUCGAGCAUUUGGCAAACUUUGAACGACGCCGAGGACGGAUCCAUGCCGGUUUUGGUGAGUUUUUCACAGAAUUUAUAAAAUUUCUGCUAAAAUUCCGAGGUUUCCACGUGAAAAUUUCAGAAUUCCGAAGCAGUCUGCUGCUCCCUGUUCGUCACAAGCCAAGGGAAGCUCUUUUUGGGUCGAUCCGACGGAAUAAUCAUAAUGACGUACGCGUGCGAAACCCUGGCACGUCAAUGGCUCCGCGUGCCCGCCGAACGGACGAACUCGCGGCAGCUGUUCGGACACGACGCCGCCGUCAGAUGCAUGUUUUAUCCGUUCGAGCACGACACCAAAUACGAUCCGCAGUACUUUGUCUCCGGCUCCGACGACUUUUCCGUCAUCAUUUGGAACAUCAACAACGGAUCGAAAGUGCAUCGGUUUCUGGUGCACGGCGGUCCUAUCAGAAGCUUCAUGAUCCCGCCGUCUAAUUGCAGUGUAAGUUGCACCAAAUUCUAUAUUUAGUGAAAAAAUCCUGCAGGUAAUGAUCCAUUUAUCCGUUAAAGUCUCCUGAAAAUGUAACAACUGAUAAAUCCACCCUAAAAAUAUCCGUUUUUUGCAGAAGCAAGUGACAAAAUGCAUCGCAUCGAUAGCCACCGACCACACGGUCGCUCUGCUGAACAUCCGCGACUGCAAGUGCGUUCUCCUCGCCUCCAGACACCCCUACCCAAUUGUUCAAAUCAAAUGGCGGCCCCUCGACGACUUCAUGCUCGUCAAACUCUCCGACGGAUCCGUGUACGUCUGGCAGAUGGAGACGGCGAAUCUGGACAGAAUCGCGACGGGCCUUCUGGCUGAGGACAUCAUGAUGGCGUGCGACGAACAGAUCGGCAUCGAGGAGGGAACCGAUGAGACGUCGGCUCAUCACGCUGUCCAGUUGAUUCGAGCGCUGAAACACAAGAAUAUAGACGCGGUGAAGCAGAAGGUGGUCGGCGGAGGGUCUGCGAGCGGAUCCGCGACGCCCUCCAACCAUCCGGAUCUUCACAAUAACAGUUGCGUGGCUGUUCAGCUGGGCUCUCCGAUGUUGAUCCUUCCGCUGCCCGGCUGCAUCCAAGGCGCUCAUCUUGUACAAUUCGAGAUUUCGGCUCUGAUUGCCGGGAUUUUGCAUCUGGAUUCAAGUGCAGAAGCUCCAGAAGGAAAAACGAAUGCGGAAAGGCAGUUGGAAAGUGCUGAAACAAAUUCGGUGACGGGAUUGUCUCGCAAGCUUACGUGGCAAUUCGAGGCCAAUCUCUAUCUGGACGUUGCCAGACUGAUGCUCUCGAUGCUUCACGCCUGGAAUUUGGACGAGGAUCUGGAUGAAGUUUGCGAGAAACGACUCUCUUUGCACAGACCCAGACAUCAAGUGUAUUUCGGGAAUGUUUCGAGACAGGGAGAACUUUCAGGUCAGUUUUAAAACAGAAUCAGAAAAAUACGCGUACUUCUUUAGUGAGUCUGCCCACCCGAUUCGCCACGGAUUUCGAGUCGUUCUGCAAAAAAUCGCGAUGGCAAGCGAGUCAUUCCCUGAACACAUCCCAUCUUCUCGCCGUCAUUUCCACAUCGAACACCCUUAUGGCUAUGAAAAAUUCGGCGCUGCAACUGACAAAAGCCCGUAAAAAUUCGUUGGACGCGUCAAACAGUGCCAGCCUGGAUCGUCAGCAAAUCAAGCAGGGAUGGAGUCUUGUGGCCGCCCUUCACUGCGUUCUUCUGCCCGAAAAUGUUCGCCCACGCAGCAGUUAUGCUCCUCCGAGCAUCGAAAUGCUCGUGAGACGGUGGCAGGACAGUUGUCUGGAGAUUCGGGAGGCCGCGCAGGCUCUGCUGAUCCGAGAACUUUCCCGGCUGGGCCCUGAAGGACGACGUCGCUUAAUCGAAUCGUGGACGCCGUUCCUGCCUCCGCUUCUCGAUGACACCCUCUCCAUUUUCGGCUCCAAGCUCCAAUCAUCGGUUCCGACAAUUCAGCCGAGUGCUCCGGCUCCUCCGAUACCACCGCGCACAAAAAAUGCGCCGCCGGAUGUUGAGCCCGUUCGAGCAUCGGAGCCGGCGACGGCGGAGGGCGGAGAGGCCGGAAUCCAGCAAGUUCGGCGGAAUCAGGCCACGUCGAUCAUUCUGCUCGGAGUGAUCGGGGCCGAGUUCGGCGAUGAACUGAAUCGAGCCGAUUUGACCAGAGCCACUGCUGUUUCUCUGCUGGAACUGCUGGUGGCGGCGCCUUCCAAUUUGAUACCAGGUAAACUUGCCUCUACAUUUUUCUAAAACAAAAACUGAAACUGUUCAAUUCCAGUGCAUUCUCCCCUGCGCCGAGCAGCGAUCGACCUUCUCGGACGUGGCUUCGUCCACUGGGAACCUCAUCUGGAGAUCUCUAAAGUAGUCCUGGGACUUCUAGACCUGGCCUCCAACAACGAUCGGAGCAACUCGCGGAAGAUAGUCGGCGCGCCCCUCAACGCGAUCGAAGACGCCGCCCGCACCGCCCGUCAGUCCCUUUCCCUGAUCGCUCUCGCUCGUCCGCCGGCGCUUUUGACCGCGUUGAGCAUGGAAGUGGCCAGAUACAACUCGGCGGCGCAACACCAAACAAUCCAGCAUACCGUAGUCAGUCCCCUGCUGAAAUCCCGCUCAGAAGUGCUUCGGAUAAUCGAGGAAUUGUGCGAUAAACGGUACAAUGAUAUCAUCACAAUGCUCCUGCCCGUCGGCGACAUUCUCGUUCAUUGUCUGGACAUCUCGAUUCUUAAACACAAAUCGCUUGCGGAGGCGUUUCCGCCGAUCGCUAAAUUCAAUAUGGUCGGAUAUUGUACGUCGACGCGACGAAUUGCGUUCGGAGGAAAGAACGGCGUUUGUGUGGUGCACGAGUUGCGCGCCACUAAGACUCAUGUGCGUUUGAACAUGGAAAAUCCUUCAAAUCAUUAGAUUAUUGUCCAUUUUUUCAGUCGCUUCCCUCUCACAACGGCCCGAUCGCCGCGGUCGCUUUCAACGAGGACGGCAAGUAUUUGGCGACGUACGGAGCCGAGGACGGCAAAAUUAACUUCUUCCAAACUAGUUCUACUUUCUUAGUACGUGAAAAACCGUGACAAAACCUAAAAUUUUGUAUUCUUAGGGAAUGGGUCAAACACAGAUGAAGCUGACAAAAUCGCAGCCGGCGCCCACCGUCUCCGUGCCGACGUCGCCGAGCGGAGCAUCGUUCCGCCCACGCUUAGUCUGGAUUAACGCAAAGUCGCUGACGUUGAUGCUGCCGGAAGGCAGGGAACAACGAUUCUCGCUUUAA